GGGUUGUCUAAGAUAUAUAAAUAGCCCCUUUCGUGUGGGUUUGUUACAUGUGUACCACCGUUUCUGAUGAGUACUUCGGGCACGUCGGGACGGGGCACUUUGGCACAAAACACGUUUUCACAGACCAAAGCCUUCACCACAGUUGCCUUACAGCACCACCUCCAGGCUCCCUAACCCUGCACUCUGAAUCCCUGCUGUCACCAUGCAAGCCCGUAGGGUCACCGUUCACCGCAUCAGCAAGACCGUCACCUUGUACCUGAAUGACGCAGCCUCACCUAAACCCUCCCCUGGCCCUCUGUCUGCCCUGAACGAUGCAGCCAGUACCUCUCCAUCCCUAGCCCUUACCUCUGCCCCAACCAAGCCCCUGCUGCUGAUGCUGCCCUGGUUGGGGUCGCGACCUCAGGCUGUGGCCAAGUACUGUGAGAUCUACUUCCGUACAGGCUUUGACGUGCUCAUAGUGGAGAGUGCGGUGAGUCAGUUUCUGUGGCCUCGCUGGGGCCUGGACUACGGGGCGAGGGUACUAGAUCUCCUGCAGAGUGACUGCUUUGUGUCACGCCCCCUGCUCGUGCAUGCCUUCUCCAUAGGAGGGUACACCUUCACCCAGCUGUUGGUGCAUGUGUCCCGUGACACACAGAAGUACUAUGGCUUCACUCAGAGGAUCAGAGGCCACAUCUAUGACAGCCUUGUGCUGGGCUCACUGGAGAGGAUGGCUACAGGUCUAGGUAAGAUCCUGCUCCCCCGGCUGGAGAGCCAGGUGAAAUGGGCCAGUAUGCUCUACUUCAGAGCCUUCAAACACCACACAGUCGACUACUUCAACAACGGCAUUGAUGUCUUCUGGAAUAACCCUGUCACCGCACCCGCCCUCGUCUUCUUCUGCCAGAACGACGCACUGUGCGACCCGGAGGGCAUGGAGGAGAUCAUCGCCUACUGGAGAAAACGAGGGAUGGAGGUGACAGACAGGAAAUGGGAGGAGUCAACACAUGCAGGCCACCUGAGACGACACCCCCAGGAGUACCUGUCUACCUUGGAGACCUUCCUAAAGACUCUCGGUAUGGUCCCUCUCAAGGCCAAGAUGUGAUGCUAGGCAGGACCCACACAGCUGUGGUCCGGUCCAGAAACAAUCCCUAACCCUAUCCACUACCCCUUAGGCCCUCGGCAUGGACCCCCAGCAAGGCCAAGUGACAACAGGGCAUAGCUGUGGUCCAGUCCAGAAAUAGCCUCUAGCCCCUACCCCCUAAGCACUCAGGACCCCCUCAAGACCAGGAUGUGACUGCAGGACGUGACAGUUUGCACUUCACUUACCUACAAGUUCCACGUUUUAGUACUCUAGGUAUAGUGGGGACUUAUUGUAUACAGUUUUACAUUCUUGGAAAAACAGUAAAUUAACUCUUGUUUGGUAGACUUUUUGCAAAAGGAGUCAUUGUUUAGAUGUUUCGGAAUUGUACCAGAAAUGUCAUGUGAUAUAGCCUCUGCAUUACGUAGGUUACGUAGUGCUCUGAAUACCUCAACAGCACCAAUCUCUAAUAGUAUCCACUUCAUUUUCAAACGCUUUUAAACACUGAAGCCAAACUUUCUCCGCAUUAUCAUAAUUUGUAUGCUCGCCACUAGAGAUCCCUGCCUUAGCAUGUUUCUGUUAGCUGAUAAAUCCUGAGAAAAUACCCCAUGUUGCUGGCCUGCUAAUGUGCCUGGACCUUGAAGGCUAAAAAUUUGAGGGGAAAAAACAAUGUAUCCAAAUGAUUGUCCAAUCAGGCAGGCCAGAUGCAAUCAAUUUGAAAUGAAUAUGCAUUCAAAACACCAGGCUUUUGAGCAGUUAUUCAAAUGACAGGCUUUUCACUGCAGUCUACAGCCUAGACUAGAGUUUUGUACUCACUUGAAAACAAUAACAUUCUUCAUUACGUUGUUGUAGGCUACAUUUCUUGUCCCUAAAAGGCUGAAACUAUAGGGUAGCUUUUCAAGCUGGUACCAGGGGACUGGGAGGGAGCGCACUCAGCUCAGCCUCAGGAGCACAGUGUAGGCUCCCUAUGAUUUUGUUAUCUGAUAAAACAUAAAUAUUUUGUGUAAAUUUACGGGAUAUAUUCACUGCAGUAUUGAGCUUAUGAAUUAUGGGCUAAUAUGCAUAUGCUUCUAAUUUAGACUAUAGUCUACAUCCCAAGCCUGUCUGUCUUUGUUCUGUUGCGCAAUUACGCACCAGGCCUCUCCGCUGCCUGUUCCUCUUAAAUCUUGUGGAGUCCCAAGAAAAGCAAGACUACAAAAGCUUGUUGGACACUUACAGUUGAAGUCAUAUGUUUACAUACACCUCAGCCAAAUGCAUUUAAACUCAGUUUUUCACAAUUCCUGACAUUUAAUCCUAGUAAAAAUUCCAUGUCUUGGGUCAGUUAGGAUCACCAGUUUAUUUUAAG